AUGCGAUUAAAAAAAAGAACUAUAAAAACAAUAUUUCUAAUAAUAGCGACCUAUGCAGCAGAAAUCUGCCACGCAGAUACAAAUAGGUAUGUUUAUAAUAGUGCAAUGGCAGAUAAGUUUUCUAUCGGUUAUUUCCAAAACAAAAACAACUUCUAUAUAAGUAAGACAGGAUCUAUUAACUGCCUAUAUGGGGCCCUUUUAAGUUAUCUUUCCUGUGUAGAGCUGCAUCCACUGUGGCUAUAUAAACUAAAUACUUCAUUUGUAUUGAAUGACGGCGCUGAAUACAAUAAGUAUAAGAGUAAUUUAUACUUAGAUAUAAUUUAUCAGUUCCAAAAGCCAGUCUGUGAAUGUGAUGAAUACGCUCAUAGGUUCAGGAACACAUUCAAGUAUAUGUUUCUUAUAAAGCCCAUACCAGAUAUCCGCAUUCCAAAUAGUAUUUUUUUAGCAUUUUUACGUAUUCCAGGAAUAAACCUGUACCGAUAUAGGCUGAUAGCAGCUCUUCUUUUAAUUUCUGAAGGAAUUGAUAUUCCUUUAGUCUAUGAUCAAAAAGAAAUGCGCUUGUUCUUGCAGAAAAGAACCCGCAAUAAAAGAGAGAUUCAUUUUAGCAUUGACCUAAAACGAAUUAAACAGGAUGCAGCGAAUUUAAAUGACGGGCAGAUGGUAUUCUGUAUAGACAGGUCCAUAGAUGUUAUUUCCUUUUUUAUUCGGUAUAAAAACAGUCAAUUUUUGCGCGAUAAAGGACUUUUAUCUCGCCCUAAAACAUUGAGUGAUCUAACGUCUGGAAAGUUCAUGCACAGCAUGUGGUACCUUAUGCAGCUGUUUCUUUUUUACUUUAUAAAAUUCUCAAAUGACUAUAACAUCUUUGAACAUGGCAUAUAUAAUUGUGCGAAUGAGGUAUAUGAGCUACUAAAUGAGUAUAUGUAUAUUGAACCAGACAAUACGGAAGAAUCAGCAGAGAAAAUGCAAGAGAAAAGAGCGUGGGAAAUAUUUAACGACUAUUUUCUACCAAAAACAGAAGAAUCAGAAUUUAUAAUACAUGAGUACAGUGCCAUGAUAGACAUAGUCAUUACAAAUGCUUGGCACUUUGAAGAGUUAGUUAACAAAGCGCUAGAAAUAGAAGACAAAAACACAUUUUUAUACUAUAUGUUUAGAUACUGUGUUAGUUUAAAUAGAAAAAGAGUAGAUAUUUCAUACGAAGUCGGGAUAGUUUAUUCUAAUGUUUUUGUAUAUGUUUUGAAAGAGCUAAAAAAGAUAUGUUUAAUAGAAGUAAAUGGAAUUGCUAUUUUAGAGUAUGUGAUCUGGUGUAAAGAAAACCCUAUCUACGCCGAUUCAUUCAUAAACUAUUUGAUAGAAAUGAGUAUAGACAUGCAGGCACACCCACUAGCUGAAGGGUUUACCUCAAAUUUAAUACAGGCGAAUCCGCUGUUCUAUACCAAGAACAAACUAAAAAACAUAGCUAUUUACAUUAAAUCUAGACUAAAAACAAACACAAAAGAACCAGCCACGAUAAAUUUCAAUAACUAUUUAAUCACACGCACUAUUUAUCGCACAAUUUCAUCAAUUAUUAUAAUUAAAACUAUGCUAGAGUUUAGCAAUAAAAGUGCAAAUGCAGAUAUAGCUAAAUCUAAUAACAUUAUGGCAUACCGGCUGAUUUGUCUACAGAUAAAAAAGCAAUAUAACGAGCCAAUCAAGCACUGGAUCUCCAAUCUAAUCGAUGUGGAUGUGUGUAUAGAUACGGAUUAUACUAUAAUCAAUAGUAUAUACUUCAUUUUUUUAAUAUAUGCAAGCCAAGCAAGCAUUGAAAAAAUGAUGAUUGCCCAGUUCAUGCGCAGACUAAAUAUAAAUGCUCUUGACUUAUCUAAAGUCAAAAUACCCCUGAAGGAAUCUUACUACCGCAUAUCUCUUCAAAAUAUUUAUAAAAUGAAACAAGAACUUAUAAUACAAAAUGUAAUUACAGAGUCAGAUUUCAACACCCUCAUAACCGCCCUCACCCAGGAAAUAAAAUGCAUUACAGCCAAUCCUAGUAUGCCUAAAGAUAAUAAAAGGGCCCACAACCCUACAAAAUCCAAUAGUGAAGAAAUCUUAUUUAAUGCUGACAGAGAAUCGAGUGGCCAGAAAAGAAAAUCAUUUAUAUAG